GAUGGUGGUUCACUUCUUACUAGGGUACACUGCCAUCGUAUCUUAAACUCCUAACCUGCUCCUGAGAAGAUUGUGUUCGAGAUCACAGAUCAGUGUGUAUUAAAACAGACCCUAUCGACCAAUCAGUUUUCCAUUAUCCAACCCUGGGGAGCUCUGUGCAAGCAGCUGAAAAAAUAUGGCUAAAACUGUCUUAUGCAUUAUUAAGAAUAUCACAGUGAAUGUACGAUCAGCAAAUUCAUCCUUCACAUAAUUAUUUUUUUUUUUGAAAAAUACUUAACCAUUUGAUUUUUAAAUAUACAGUUACAUCUGUAAUUUUGCUGUGUUGCAUAUCGAUAAUUUAGUUGAAGGUUGAGUAACAAACUCACAUCAAAGCAGUUUUUACAUAAUUAAAACUUUUCUCUGAUUUUGACUUAUGCGGCAGAAAUAAUAACAAGCCUAUUAAAACAAAGUUGGCACUUUGCUCUUUUUGCUAGCUUUUAUUCAUGGUUUUGGCUGCAGCAGUUGUGUUACUUUUUUGUGCAGUGGCUCAUACUGUGGCCUCAAGCUAGAAGAUCCAAGGUUCAAACCUUUCUGGAGCUGUUUUUGCUAUCCAUCCAUCCAUCCAUCCAUCCAUUAUCUAUACACCGCUUAAUCCUCACUAGGGUCGCGGGGGGGGGCUGGAGCCUAUCCCAGCUGACUCGGGCGAAGGCAGGGGACACCCUGGACAGGUCGCCAGUCUGUCGCAGGGCUACAUAUAUAGACAAACAAUCACUCUCACAUUCACACCUACGGGCAAUUUAGAGUAAUCAAUUAACCUCAGCAUAUUUUUGGACUGUGGGAGGAAGCCGGAGUACCCGGAGAAAACCCACGCAUGCACAGGGAGAACAUGCAAACUCCAUGCAGAAAGAUCCCGGGAAAGCCGGGACGCGAACCAGGGAUCUUCUUGCUGCAAGGCGAAAGUGCUAACCACUACGCCACUGUGCAGCCCCGCUGUUUUUGCUAACACAAAUAUUUCACCUAUGAGCAAAGGACACCAAAAACUUUGCUGUUGGCUGAAGGAGUGAAUACAAGAGUGUUCAUGCACUCCCAGCAUCUGAGGAACUGAAGAGGCAGCAAAUUAUUUUUAUUUGUGAUGUUAAUGUCACCACAAUAAGAGUAAAGUCCUUAGAUGUAUCAUGUUGUGCUAAUGUGGCUAAUGCUACCAUUACCUUUAAUCCCCAGAGGUCUGCUGAAACCAACACCGAGGGACAUUCAGAGAUAAUGGAAACUUAAAUUUGAACCAAAAAAGGACUCGGUGUGUUACUGUGAUUUCUUGUCCCUUGUGCUUCAGUGCAAUGCAAGCUCAGUCGAUGUUUCCAUUCUUUUCUUCUACUGUCUCUGUGCUCAAAAACUGCAUUUUAAUGUGGCUGAACUCUCAACAUAGCUGCUCUCAUUUACUUAUUUUUCUGUGUCUGUUGUCAGACAAUGUAACAAAUAUGAAAUAGUGACUGAAAUGCAGCCCAUUAAAACUACGUGAACCAGCAGUCACUUCAUAGCUGCAGUAUUUCCCCCGACUGUGGCUCUUCACUUCUAAACUACUGAUUUUAUGCCAGCAACAUUGUCUGACAAACUCACCAAACGCAUGUCAGCAAACCACUGUGCUGUGGAUUUGCCGUUUUCACAUCUAAAAUGAUCAUUCAGAGAGAAAGUUAGAAUCCUAAUCUCCCCAUGUCAGCAGUCACGUGGUCAGCUGUUUAUCUCUGCAAUGUCAAUUACACAAGCAGAGAGAGUUGUCCUGCUGGAGGGGGUGGGGACAGCAGGGGCUCACUGGUUUUUCAGAGCACAACAGCCCUAAACCCAGGGGUUAUAAAGCCCUGUUAAAUUUAACCAUCUUUGCAGUAUUGUGAGCUGAACAGUGAAAAUACACACUGUGGGAACAUGUGAGAUUUGCAUUAAUUAGGAGCAUAAUAUGGGACCUUUAAUUUCCUUGAUAUUCAUAUUUUAGCACAAACUGCAUGUUUAUCUACAAACUUGGCAUUUACUGAAAGCAUGUGUUGCUGUUAAAUCUCACAGCAGCAGCAGCAGCAUUUCAGUGGCUUCUACAAUUUUUUCAUGAUAGCUUGUUUGACUUCCUUUAACAUGAAUCAUCUGAGUAACAUAAACAUACAAGAGGUGGAGUCUGUCCCUCAGGGGGAUGCAUGGGUCACUGUGGGUGCAGAGAAACAGCUCCAGACAGUCAUUUUCGGUCAACGUGCAUGUUAUUAUCUUAAACUCUUUCAACCUUCAAUAUAAAGAUCCCACUGAGUUCUAUUCGUUGUUAACAGUCAAUGGGAGCUUGGGGGUAUCUGAUAAUAUGUCAACCCCUCAACAAACAAACAUCAGUCACAAAUGGUUUAUCAAUCAGUGGGAUAGAGAUGAGCUGCAUUGUGUAUUUGUGUUUCUGAAUGCAUGUUCCUGUGGGGUAUUGAUUGAAUCAGUGUUUCUCUUUUUUACAAAGCACAGUCUGUAUUAUUCUGUAUGGAACCUGAGGAAGCAGUUACUGGUAGAUGUGAAACAGAGGUAGACGUCUAAUUUUUGGCACUUAGUUUUAGGUGUACCUUUGGAUCCGGGUACUUUGCAUCUGGCUAGAAGUGAGGUUAACCUUUCUUCAAUUAUUAAUAUAUAAUAUUUCAUAUCAUACUUUAAUUCUCAUAUAAUGUUAAAUGUGAGCAUGGCCACGUUGAAGAAAUACUACAUUUUGGAGUUUGCCACACCAAGUGAGUCAACUUCCCUUAGAGGAGGGAACAAAGACAAGAAUUUAAUGUCACAAGUUCACCAGAACUGCAGGGGUGAGGCGACAAAAAGGAAAGAAAUCAGGAAGUGUUUAUUUUUCAGUCUCACUCAUUUGAAGGCAGCCCUGUACAAUCGUGCCUCCGCACUAUGAAGUUCAACAAAACUGGGAAUAUUUAAUUGGAAGUUACUUAUGUUAUAAUGUGGAAAAAUAGAUACAGUAUGUGCACAUAAUGUGUUCUUUUUUCUGUACUACAACCAAGCAACUCUGAUACAAAAAGCAUGCAACAGAUGUAUGCUAUCGAUCUUACUGGACAUUAUGCAACAUUCACUACUGUCCAGAAUUUUUUACUGAGUGCCUGUAUGAAUGUUUUAACUUGGUUGCCAUAGCUAACAUAUGGUGUUACAUUUGUGUUAUGUUUUUUCGAUGUUAUUGUUUUUCUGGUAUUAGUUAAUGAACAGAAAUCCAUAUUAUCUGUUUUUUUGUCUUUGCACUUUAGAUAUCAAUAGGUCUCACACACAAGGUGCCACUUCAUGUUAAAAAACGAAGGGUUUACUGACAGUAUAAAGGGAAAAAAAGUCCAAAUAUGGUGCAGACCACAUCUGUGUAGCCUUUAUAACAGACAGUAACUCUUUCCUGCUGAAGAUACUGCAUCUCUGGCUCGUUGUGACUGACGGUUCCUGUUAAGACAGGAAUCUCUUGCAACAAAUGUCUUGAGGGUGGGACAAAUGAAACCAGGAAGUGUUUUUUAGUUGCACUGGUGUGACUCCUCACUGUGUGGUUUGUUUUGUUUGGGUCUCUCUAACCCAAAGUUUAACCCAAGUUUAAUGACAUGAUUUCCAAGGAUACUUUCACUGUAAGCUUGAUUUUUAAUCACUUUUCUUUUAGUUUCUGAGGAACAAAACCAAUGUUCAGUGCUCUAACAUUUGUUUUUACCCUUUGCCAGCUACAGUUAUUAAGUGGAACAGAGACUUUAUGGAAUCAAAUCCAUUGUUGAAGGUUUAGACAUCUGAUCAAAAAGAAAAUGGUUGCAUGGGAUUUGUCAUGCAUACAGGGAUUAUGUGUAUUCCUAAAGGGAAGCUCUUAAAAUGUUCUUUUAUGCAGAUUGAACACAGUUACGGUUAUAAAAUCAUUUCUGCCCAGACAGACGGGGAUGUGAUACAGAAUGCAUGCAGAGCUCUUGGCACCAAGCAGCACUCUAAUUUCCUGAAAAGGGGCUCCAUGUGCUACAUACACGUGAGGACGGUCAGAAAGAAUUUUCCCAUACAAAUAAAGAGACAAUAGAAUAGAAAUCAUUUGCAGCUCUCUCUUUGAGGCAUCUGCUGUGCACACAUUUCCUCUGUAACUGGAGUAACAGCCAUCUUUUUCUGUGUGUUUUUUCUUCCAUGACACUAUUUGAAGAGAUCUGAGGAUGUUUUUGUUACUGGCUUGCAUCAUUUCUUUUCUGGCUCUCAUUACUCCAGCUGCUCAUGGUGGGAAAGUUCUGGUGUUUCCACAUGUCGGCAGCCACUGGGUGAACAUGCGGGUGCUUGUCGAGGAGCUGCAUUUGCGGGGGCACACUGUGACAGUCAUUCGAGCUGCAGACAGCUGGUACAUCAGUGAAACGUCUUCACAUUACAGUACAGUCACAGUGAACGUCAGUGGUGGUGGAAAUGAGGAAUUUUUUCAUCACUUUGUGUCUGAGGUUAUUAAAAUUAAAAGAAGCAAGGGCUCUGCGUGGGCUCGUUUUGCUUUAGACAUGGAGCUAAAAGACAAGUUUUUUGAAUUACACAAACAAAUCUGUGAAGUGGUUGUGUACAUGUUUGAAAAUAGAGAAUUAAUGAAGUCCUUUCAAGAAGCCAAGUAUGAUGUGGUUUUGACAGACCCGGCUAAUGGUGGAGGAGUGCUGCUGGCUCACUAUCUUGGCUUGCCAUUAGUUUUCAAUGCUCGGUGGACUGUGCAUGGCGAGGCCCAUUUCGCAAUCGCCCCUUCUCCACUUUCUUACGUCCCACUUCCACCUUCGGAGCUAACAGAUCAAAUGACUUUUCUUGAGCGGGUCAAAAACAUGGCUUUUUACACCAUGAGGAUGCAUCUGUACAAGCAGAUAGUCGGACCACAUUAUUCUGCUUUGACCAACCGCUACUUUGGCUCAGAUGUCGGCUACUUCUCUCUGUUCCAAGCUGCUGACCUGUGGCUCAUGAGAGUGGACUUUGUGUUUGAGUUCCCUCGUCCCACAAUGCCUAACGUUGUAUACAUGGGAGGGUUCCAGUGUAAACCUGCAAAACCUCUGCCUCAAAACUUGGAGGAAUUUGUGCAGAGUUCUGGAGAGCAUGGAGUCAUCAUCAUGUCUCUGGGGACUUUAAUUGCAGAGCUUCCUCAUGACUUAGCAGAUGAGAUCGCCGCAGCUUUUGCUAAACUUCCUCAGAAAGUCAUCUGGAGGUAUAAAGGCAGCAGACCAUCCACUCUGGGCCACAACACUUUACUAGUGGACUGGAUGCCUCAGAACGACCUUCUAGGACAUCCAAACAUUAAACUAUUUAUAAGUCAUGGGGGAACAAAUGGGAUAUAUGAGGCUAUAUAUCAUGGUGUUCCAAUUGUAGGCAUUCCCUUUGUAUUUGAUCAAGCAGACAACCUCUCCAGACUGAGAGCAAAGGGUGUUGCAAAUGUUUUGGAUAUUUCUGACUUGGACAAGAAAAUAUUUCUGGAGGCAAUACAGGACGUCCUUAAUGAGCCCUCUUACACAAUCAACAUGCAAAGACUUGCCAGCCUGCACAAAGAUCAGCCGAUGAAGCCGCUCGACCGUGCCCUCUUCUCGAUAGAGUUUGUUAUGAGACACAGAGGUGCAGCUCACCUGAGAACCGAGUCGUACAGAAUGCCCUGGUAUUCCUACUACUCUGUAGAUGUCCUAUUAUUUUUACUGGCAGUUGCACUACUUUCAGCGUUGUUUUUCAUUGGGUUAAUAUGGUUCUGUUUGAGAUUAUGUUUUAAAAGAAAACAGAAGUCUGACUAACUAGGAAACAGAUAAUUUUCAUUUUCGUUGAUAUAUAGUCAAACAUCUAUCAGUUUGGCUAAUAUUGAAAGAUGUUUUAAAUGUAUUUACAUUUGUCUCAUCUUUGGGUUUCCUGUGAGGUUUCUACUUAAAUGGUUCACAGAAAUGUAUCUGCUGUAAAGGGGGGAAAAAAGAAUCAGUUUGAUCACUUCAUUUAAAUUAAAGUAAUUUCAUUUAUGUAUUUGCAUGCAUCAGUUUACUUUUGUUUCUAAGAAAAUGAAAGCAGAAUUAUGAAAUAAUAAAAGAAGGACACACAUUUUAACUCCUAAAUGCUCUCUUGCAGUUCAUUUAAUUCCUAUUUUACUGUAUGCUACACUAUGAACUGUAUUGUGUCACACAGCACUUUCUUCUGUUAUUUUGCAUGUCCUCAGUUCAACCGUCCGAGUUCAUUCUGCAGAAUGAACUCGGACUAAUCAUACAGUUCUCUCUGAAAUGGU